CAUCACAUACAAAUCCUGGUCAUAUUGAUAAUGAAAAUAAUGACAAUGAUGAUCAAGAUCUAAUUCAAACUCAAGGAAUUCAUCUCACAAAUAUUAAAUUACAAUAUUUACCUCCAAAUACAAUAGCAUAUUUACAACCAUGUGAUGCUUUAAAAUAUAAACAAUUAUAUUGUCAUGACCUUAUUCAAAGAUUUGAAAGAGAUGAAAAUAUAAAUAAAUU